AGAAGGCAAAGCAUUUGAGUUAGGUACGAAAUCCCUGCUUUCGAGUGGUAUCGGCGAUUGUACUGACUGUGAACAGCUGGGAACAGAUGGCAUAUCGACUGUUUCCGCUGUAACACCUGCAACACAGCCCUCGAUUCCGACGCGAACCUCCUACUCCUCGGCGAUGGUUCUCUUAUCUGCAACAACUGCACCUACAGUUGCAGCAAUUGCGGGAACAAGAUUGAAGACCUUGCCAUCCUGACUGGUGACCAGGCUUUCUGCGCCAACUGCUUCAAAUGUCGGAAUUGCAAGAGAAAGAUCGAAAACUUACGAUAUGCGCGCACAUCCCAAGGUAUCUUCUGCAUGGAUUGUCAUGAGGCAUUGAUGGCUAGGAGACGCAAAAGGUCUGCGAAGGGUUCCUCAGCGCGCUCGAAAGCCUCCGCAAACAACCACCUCGACAAGUCCUUACCUGCGAUCCCACCCCCAGAAGCGAGGAAGACCGCAUACAUACCUGAGACACAAUCACCAUACCCCGAGUCCUACCCCGAUACGCCAUCCGAUGUUCCAUCGGUUGCGAAGACCAUGAGCGAACUACGCGAUGUGAGUUCGAGACCGUCGACAGGAGAGCAGACUCCGCCCCAAAAUCUGCUCACUCUACCAUCGACCACCUUUCGCAACAACAGACAGUCUGUCAUGUCUCAACGUUCAGAUCUUUCAGGAGGAGGCGAGGAAUUUUUGAUUCCUCUCGCAUUUGAUCCCUCGGCACAGCCAACCACUCAAUCACCCAGUAUGGCGAACCAAAUGACGCCGCGCGUGGUCGAAGAGAAGCCCAAGGACUAUUUCACGAGUAGACCGACACCUCCUGUGGGUCAGCAUGCAAUCUCAAAAUCGAAUACUUCUAGCCCACAUAUUGCGUAUCAAGAGAAAGGGCGACAGUCUUCGCGCGACAUGAGCGAAUGGAGUCGAUCAAGGCCAACUGGUAGCCGAUCAGGAUCUGCAAGCGCAUCGCCAUAUGUUGUCCCAGAGAGACCACGGCCGUCGGAAGAAUCUCCUCGCUUGUCACAACAAAUUGCUCGCCCUAACGAGGCAUCGUUGAAUGAACGGUUCAAACUACAAGAGGCUCCUAAGAACAAAAAAGGUCCGACUUCAACCCCUCCGUCUCGGUCGGAAGCAUCAACCCCUCGCGCAGACGUUAUGAGCGAUCCCAUGGAGCAGUUUACGACCACUAAGAAUAUGCCUGCACCCGAUGUGGGCUCCCCACCAGAAGACCACGAUUUCACGACACCGCGGCUCUCGGCUGAGUCGAGCCCUGUCCAUGAUGCGGUAAACGAGUCCCCCAAGCCUGCGCAAUUGCCUGCAGCAUCGAUUCUUCAGAAUCUGCCAAAGAGAGGUGAUUCUCUGGACAGUGCAAAGCGUAACCAGACGAUACCCAGGAAAGAAUUGAACACGUCCGCGAACAUCCCUUCCACCCUUAGUGGAGUUGUGAACGGAAGCGCCACUACCCCAAAACAAUCCAUGCAGCCUACGGAUCUCGCCAGAGCAAAUGGUGGAAAGGUUAUCUCUGGUCCCAUCGGUUCGCCGAGUUCUAAGAGCAUUUUCGACACGGCGGAUAAUGUUAGUCAGACAGACCUUCCAAGUGUUGGAAUGGGAGGAAACCAAUCCUUCAUUGACCCUCGUGCUCCGCCUCUGCCACCCGCUGACCAUUCACACUCGCGAAAUGAAUCCUUCAGCACAAUGUACUCCGACAAUCAACGAAAUCUCGAAGGUCAAAAGUCGCCGGGCUUACCAAGGUAUUCCACGGGGGGUGAAUUCACAAUGGACGAAGACAUGGCUCGUAUAAUGGGUCCGGACGAACCAGGCGCUCAUGAAUCAUUCCUUAGGAGGGUCUCCAAUUCUGUCCGCCAUGGUCGAAGUUAUAGCGACAAAACUGGCCGGCUAUCUCGAGAUCGCUGGCCUAGGUCGCCUGCAGUGCCUACUUCCAUUGGCCAAGAGAUUAGCAGUCCAAGCUCGGUAUCUCCGGAAAAUCGUGAUGAACUCGCGUGGUUUAGGAAUGAGCUGCGACGUGAGAGGCAGAAAACCAUUGAGCGCGAAAAGAGGAUUGCCGAGCUUGAAUCGCAGCUCGACUCGACCGCAAACAUGAAACAGGUCAACUCCGAGCUCAAGGAGAAGAGAUCAACCAUUGUCGUGCUUGACACGCAAAAAGAGAUUGUGGUACGCGAGCUGGAGGUGCUGACGGAGCAUUUGGCUGUUGCAAAACGUAGCGGCGAGCCAUUCGACCUUUCCAAGAUGAGCAAUGCCGUGCUGCGCGACUUUGCAGAAGCGCUCGAACGACUGAAGAACUCAUUUGCGCCGCAGAUCGAAGACUCGAUCCAGAAGCGAAAUGAACUGGUCGACGAGAUUGCGAACCUGACGCAGAUGAAGGACAAAAGUUUCAUGGAAUUUGAGCAACUAUCCUCCAAAAAUGCACAACUGGCCGAACUCAACAAUCAAUUGGUGCACCAGAUUCAAGGCCUGUACAAAGCCAACUCUGGGGUCCAAAAUGAUUCAAACAAGCCCGCCAUGAACGGUCUAGGGAUAUACUCGCAUAACAAGGACAAAUCGAGUGUCUCUGUUGACUCCAAUUCCAACACCGUGCGAAAUAUGUCAACGGACUUCACUAACAUCGACUCAACGAGUACUUUGCAAGCGAGUGAAGCGGAACCGGUGACCGUGAUUCAGGGUCCUCAUGUGGUGAACAUCAGAAAGGGUCAACCCAGGAAGUUUGAUUGGAGAAAGGGACAGAAGGUUGCCAAAGGCGUUACCAAGGGGCUGAAGGGUGCUUUCUCUUCUACACAGCAAAGUUACAGCCGAGACCUGCAAUUCGCCGAGACAGGUGCUUAUGGAACGACACCGCUCGGUCAAGAAUAUCCGGGUCUUCCAAAGUCAAACCCAGAACCGGUCAAGCAGAGCGGAUUUGGCUUCUUUGGUGGUAAUCCACGAACAGCACCCAAGCCCAAUGGACUCUAUGCGCCACAAGGAAACGCCAGCACGCCUUCUUUGCUAGUCGAUGCGGCUGCACAGUUGUUUGGUUCCGAUCUUGAGCAGCGGGCAGAGUUUGAGAAGACUGACAUCCCUACCAUUGUCAAGCGCUGUGUUGAGGAAGUAGAGUCUCGAGGCAUGGACGUUGAAGGAAUUUACCGCAAAUCUGGCGGUAACUCCCAAGUACAACAAGUCAAGGAUUGGUUUGAGAAUCCUUCCAAGGACUUCGACCUGUCUGACCCGGAUCUCGACAUUCACGCUGUUACUUCUGGUCUGAAACAAUACUUCCGACGACUGCCGGUACCACUUAUCACCUAUGAUGUGUACGACAAGCUUCUAGACACGACGGCUAUCUCAGACAAAGAUAGCAGAAUUGACGCCAUGCAAAUCGCCUUGGAGGAUUUGCCUAAUGUGCACUAUGAUACCCUUCAGUACCUCAUGCAGCAUCUGGCCCGAGUGGUACUUCAGGAGAAGGAGAACCUGAUGACUCCUAUGAACAUUGCGGUGGUGUUUGCGCCCACGAUUAUGAGACCGGAGAGUCUGAACCGUGAGCUGAGUGAUACGAAGAUGAAGAACGAAGCGGUGAUGUGGAUGGUUGAGAACAGCGAAAGAUUGUUUGGGAAGUGAUUGCGAGGAGAAACUUCGAAGCAUUGAAUAGGGAUCUUGGUUUGGACUACGGCGCACUUGGAGGGUUGGAGAGACAGCUUCAUCACGAUGACGGAGGUCUUGUUGUACCGCUUUUAUCCAGCCUGGUGUCUUGGGGCGGUGACUUGGUCAGACAAGAUCUGUCUACGAGGAGAUCAUUCUGGGGCGCGAAGGCGUCUUGAUCAAGAUUAUAGGGCUUUCAGUAGAGCUGGACUCGAUAUUUGAGGAUCGAGUUACGACCCGUGUGUGACUGGUAUGAGAUCUGCGUAGGGGAUAACGAAACCAUCAUGUUCGAGAGUCAAA